GGACAGACCUUGUCUGAGCCAAGACACUCCCACGCGUGCCCUUCCCAGUGUCCAGAUCUGCGUGUGGGGACAGAAGUGACAGAGGUGACCAGCAGCAUGUUUGGUGCCUCCAGAAGCAAGUCCGUAGAGGGGGUCAACAGGGACAACCCUGAGGAGAAGAGGUCCUACAGCCAGCCUGGGCUCUUUGCUCAGGGGCCAGGAGAAGGCGUGCUGGCAUCCCCAUCCAGGCCAGUGCAUCUGUCUACCUUUGGGGCGAGCUUAUACGGGCCGCAUAGGACAGUAGGCCUUGCGGGCAGGGGAAGGGGCAGCAGUACCCAUCAGUUAAAUCGCAGCUCAUCCCAAGGCACUGGGUUACCAAGCCACCUCUCCCCAACAGCAGGGGUCCCAAGAGGGUUGCUCCAGUGGCCUCCACCUCCCAGCAGGGGCAUAUUACCUGUGAAUCUCAGGAAUAGGAAGAACCAGUCCCAGGUGGGCCAGGGCACUGGAAUGGCCAGCAGGUCAAAUAGCAUGAGCAGCUCAGGGUUGGGUAGCCCUUACAGAGGCUCACCAAGCAUGAUCUCCAUGCCAGGGCAGCCACCCUCCAGACAAGCUUUUCCUGUGAAAACCAAGUCUGGGUUUCGAAUGAACAGGAAUAAGGCAUUUGGAAUGAAGAACUCUCUGUUAAGUGACAUUUUUAAUGCCAAAGCUAGAAGUGAAAAUGUUGCAGGAUUGGACCUUUCAGAUUUCCCACCACUGACCAAUCCAAACAGAAAGGAAGGAAGUGGUAACCCAACUCCAUUUGUAAGCCCCUUAGCUGCAGGAGCUCCUCAUGUUAGAAAGGUAAAAAAACCAGCAAGCGAGCAAUCUCAGGACAUUUCAUUACACAAAGAGGAUUUUCCUGCAUUGCCAGGCUCCAGCUUUAAAGAUCCAACAGAGAGUAAUGAGGACAGUGAAUCUAAUUUGUAUACACCUGGGAAGACAUUUUCAAGUCCAGAUGGACCUAAAUCCCCUGGAGAUGAAAUUUCAACAGCACAAAGCUACAACCAGCAGGAAAAAGGGAUCCAGGUGUUACCUGAUGGUCUGGUUACUAACAUUCCUCAAGGGAUGGUGAAGGACCAAUUUGGGAUGACUGGCUUGUUGGCAUUCAUUAGAGAAGCAAAGACAAACCCAGGAAUGGAACAUCAUGCAUUAGGAAGUGACUUUACAACACUAGGCCUCAAUCUCACCUCUCCUGAAAAUCUUUAUCCCACAUUUGCAUCACCCUGGGCAUCUUCACCUUGUCAGCCUCAAGACAUAGACUUCCAUGUUCCAUCUGAGUACUUAACGAACAUUCACAUUAAAGAUAAGCUGCCUGCAGUAAACCUGGGCCUAUAUGGAGAAGAUCUGCUCUUCUAUCUCUAUUACACGAAUGGAGGAGACAUGUUACAGCUUUUAGCAGCAGUAGAGCUUUUUGACCGAGGUUGGAGAUACCACAAAGAAGAACGAGUAUGGAUUACCAGGGUCCCAGGCAUGGAGCCAACAGUGAAAACCAGUACGUCCGAGUGGGGAACAUAUUACUUCUUUGACUGUCUUAACUGGAGCAAAGUAGCUAAAGAGUUCCUUCUGGAAUAUGAUAAAUUUGAAGGAAGGCCUCAUAUGCCCUCAUCUGUCAAGUACAACCCUGCUCAGCACGCCUUCUAA